CCACAGAGGCGUAGGUGGGGGUGGGGCUUGGCCCACCGGGAAUCUUCUUAAAUCCGGCUGCCCCGCUGGACUUCCGAGGAGAUUUUGUGAGCACCUUGGGAAAAUCUCUUACACCGGAUAACAUCGGCUGCUGACGUUGGACUUUGCGCACUCCAGGCUGCGGCAACAAGGGAGUGAUUGAACCAUAAACCUUGGAGAUUUUGAAAAGUCGAUCCAGCGUCAAGUCUGCCAACAUACUCCAAACGAAACCCAUCUAUUGAAUUAGGGCCAAGAUGGAGUCUGUUGAUUCAAAUGAGAAGCAAAGUGGCCACACCCAAAUCCAUGGCCCUGUGGCGGGUGUCUAUCUGGGCAAGUCCAAGCAGAAGAUCAGCAUAUACGAAGCCAUGAAGAAAGGUCUGCUUAAACCUGGAACCGCGCUGGCCCUGCUGGAAGCCCAGGCCGCCACAGUAGGUGUUGUAGACCCUGUGAAGAACCGAAUACUUCCAAUCAUGGAGGCCGUCAAGGAGGAACUCGUCGGACCUGAGUUGAAGGAGAAGCUCCUUUUUGCAGAGAAGGCUGUCACUGGUUACGAAGACCCUUACACUAACCAAACCAUAUCUGUGUUCCAAGCCAUGCAAAAAGACUUAGUGCCCAGAGAUUACGGUUUGAGACUACUUCAAGCGCAAAUGGCCACGCACGGCCUGUUUGAUCCCAUUGAGAAGACAAACAUUACAGUGGAGUCAGCUAUCCAGAAAGGCUACUAUGAAAAAGGUCUGCUGGAUGACCAGAUGUCAGAGUUAAAGGUGUUCUACAAUCCAAGCACACAACAGCACGUCAACUACAAAGCCCUGGUGGAACAGUGCAUUGUGGAAGCUGACACAGGUCUACUUCUUCUCCCCAUCUUCAUCACCUUCAAAGGGUUGAGACGGGGAAUUUCCUCUGCAGAGCUCUUUGAGUCCAAGAUCAUCGACAAGGAAAUAUAUGAUAAACUGCAGAAGGGCAAGACCACAACCCAGGAAGUGAUGCUGAAUGAGACGGUGAAAGAGUACCUUCAGGGGAAAGGCAGCAUCGCGGGCAUUGCGAUACUCUCAUCCAACCAGAUACUGAACAUUUAUGAAGCCAUGAAGCAGAGCAUACUGAUGCCUGGUACGGCGCUAGUUCUGCUGGAGGCGCAGGCUGCAACGGGGUUCAUGAUUGAUCCCCUCAAAAACAAAAAGUUCACUGUGGACGAGGCUGUAAAAAACAAGCUCAUUGGCCCCGAAUAUUAUGCUAAGCUGCGCUCCGCCGAACGAGCCGUGACUGGAUACAAGGACCCAUACACCGAAGAAACCAUUUCGCUCUUUCAAGCACUUUCCAAAGAUCUCAUCUUGAAAGAACACGGGAUCCGCCUACUGGAGGCGCAAAUUGCCACAGGGGGAAUCAUCGACCCGAUCCAUAGCCACAGACUCCCCACAGAGGUGGCCUUCAAAAGAGGCUAUUUUGACCAAGAAAUGAAAGCCAUACUCGAGGAUUCGGGAGAUGACACAAAGGGAUUCUUUGACCCAAACACAGAGGAGAAUCUGACAUAUCUUCAGCUGAUAGAAAGGUGUGUUACAGAUCCUUCCACUGGGCUCUGCCUCCUUCCGCUUCGAGACAAAUCCGAUGGACUCAACUUCGCCUUUAUUGAAUACCAAACGAAGAUGGCCUUCAAACAGAAGAAGGUGAAAGUGACAUGUGGCAAGUAUGCGGGAAUGACGGUAUCGCUGUGGGAGCUGCUGAUGUCAGACUACUUUGAUGAAAAGCAGAGGAAAGAGAUCAUACGCAAAUACCGUGAAAGGAAGUUCACAAUCGAGAUGAUUGUCACAACAGUUCUAGAAACCAUUGAGGCAUCUGUCAAAAACACCAAGGUCAUCUUUGAAGGCAUCAGAGAAACGGUCACGGCCAAACAGCUGGUUGAGGCCGACAUCAUUAGCCAGGACGUCCUCGAUGAUCUGAAGAAAGGGAGGAAGUCUGUUAAGGAGGUGGUUGAGGAUCAAAAUCUACAUGUGUACCUCCAGGGGAAAGAAAGUAUUGCGGGUGUUCUUCUUCCUGACUCCCAGAUCAUGACCAUCUACCAAGCCAGAAAGAAAGGCAAACUGAUGCCAGGAACAGCUCUGAUUUUACUUGAGGCACAGGCGGCAACAGGAUUUAUCAUCGAUCCUAUUGGAAACAGAAAGUUUUCGGUGGAUGAUGCCAUCAAAGCCAAGAUUGUUGGGCCUGAGUUAUGCCUAAAGCUGCGCUCUGCAGAGAAGGCGGUGACUGGAUACAAAGACCCGUACUACGGGACCACGAUCUCUCUGUUCCAAGCAAUGCAAAAAGACCUCAUAGUGAAGGACCACGGUAUUCGACUCCUGGAGGCACAAAUUGCCACUGGCGGCAUCAUCGACCCAGUGAACAGCCAUCGCAUUCCCGUCCAAGUGGCCUACAAGCGUGGGUACUUUAAUGAGGAAAUGAACGAGAUCUUGAGUGAUCCCAGUGAUGACACCAAAGGUUUUUUUGACCCCAACACACAUGAGAACCUCACCUACUUGCAGCUCAUGGCCAGAUGUGUCAAAGAUCCCAGUACCGGACUUUGUCUCUUGCCACUCAAAGGCAAAAGUCACAAAAUCAACAUCGACGACGCCAUGAAGGAAUUGUUCAGAACAACAGUCGUUUCUGUGCGGUAUGGCCGCUUCAAGGGCAAGCAUGCCACUCUUUGGGACCUCAUCAAUUCAGAGUAUCUCUCUGAGGAUAAAAGACAAGAGUUCUUCAAACUCUUCAAGUCAAGGAGACUCACAAUUGAGGAAAUCAUUGAGUCGAUUUUAAUCAUCAUUGAGAGCAAGGAGAUAAAACAGCAAGUGGAGCUCAGCUUCCAAGGCCUCAGAGGGAAGGUUUCCAUUGUGGAUCUUUUGGAGCUUAAAAUAGUGGAUGAAAAAACCUACAGCAACUUGAUUGAUGGAACGUUAAGCAGCACUGAUGUGUUGCAAAUGGAGAGCGUGAGGGCCUACCUACAAGGGAAGAGCUGUGUCGCCGGCGUGAUACUGCAGCCCUCCAAUCAGAAGCUGAGCAUCUACGAAGCACAGAAAACUGGCAUCCUGACAACCGGCACAGCUCUUUGCCUCCUAGAGGCGCAGGCAGCCACGGGGUUCAUUGUCAAUCCAUUGGCAAACAAAAAGCUCACAGUGGAACAAGCGCUUCGAGAAAUGUUAAUUGGUCCUCAAAUGUAUGAAAAGCUUCUGUCUGCGGAGAGGGCUGUCACUGGUUACACUGACCCAUACACGGGUCAAAAGAUCUCUCUUUUCCAAGCCUUGAAAAAUAAUCUCAUUCUGAAGGAGCACGGCAUUCGAUUACUGGAGGCCCAAAUUGCAACAGGGGGUAUCAUUGACCCCUUGAAGUGUCUUCACUUACCUCUUGAUGUCGCCUACAAGAAAGGAUAUUUUGACGAAGAAAUGAAUCAAAUUCUGUUGGACCCAAGUGAUGACACAAAAGUUUUUUUUGACCCCAACACCAAAGAGAAUCUGACAUACAUGGAGAUGUUGGGAAGGUGUGUAAAAGAUAAAGAAACGGGACUGUUCCUCCUACCAGUGACUAACACACCAAAAAUAAAUGGGAGACUGUACACUGACAGUGAAAUAAGGCAAAUUUUUGAAGAGACAACAGUGAACAUAUCGUUAGGACGCUAUGCAGGAAAAUCAUUUUCUCUCUGGGAAUUGAUCCACUCUGGCUACUUCACUGAAGACCAGCGAAAUCAACUGAUAGAAAAAUUCCAAACAAGAAAGGUCACCACACACACCAUCACCACCUUUGUGAUAUCGACCAUUGAGAAACUGGAGAAGAGUGAAGCUCCCAAAAUGACAAUGGGUCUGAGAAAGCUAGUCUCGGCCAAAGAACUGCUGGACUCUGGUAUUAUCGACAAUGACACAUUCAAACAGGUGCAGGAAGACAAAGUGACUUUGGCACAGGUCACCAAAUGUGAGCGCGUGCAACAAUACCUGAAUGGAUCAAGAAGCAUUGCUGGGGUUAAAGUGUAUCCAUCGCAAGCAGUUCUCAGCAUAUACAGCGCAAAAACGGAAGAUAUGUUGACAGAUGGCAUUGCACGUUUACUGCUCGAAGCGCAGGCUUGUACAGGAUGGGUCAUUGAUCCUCUCGCAAACAAGUUCUAUGCUGUUGAUGAGGCUGUAAAAGAGGAAGUCAUUGGGCCAGAUGUGUGUGAGCAGCUUCUGUUGGCCGAGCGAGCCAUCACCGGUUAUAAAAACCCCUACACCGACAGAACAAUAUCACUGUUUGAGGCGAUGAAUGAGCAACUGAUUCAAAGAAGUGAUGCCAUUCGUUUUCUUGAAGCACAAAUAGCAACGGGCGGCAUCGUAGACCCAAACAUGAGUCACAGGCUGCCUGUGCAUGUUGCAGUCAAAAGGGGACUCCUGGAUGACCAACUCAUAGGCCUGCUGACAACCCCUGAAAAGUCAAAGGGAUACUUUGACCCAAACACAAAGGAAAAACUCUCUUACCUGGAGCUGAUGGAGAGAUGUGAGAGAGAUCCUAAAACAGGCCUUCUUCUUAUACCACUGCAUGAGGAGACAUCAAAUGUUUUUCACACAAAGGAGCAAAUAGAGCUGGAGUUUAAAAACAAAACCGUUAUCAUCGAUGUGGGAAAAUUCCAAAACAAAAACGUGACCUUGUGGGAAUUGUUGCUGUCUGAAUACAUAUCACAGAAGAAGAGGGAGCAGCUCAUAGAACAAUAUAAGAUUGGCGCCAUAACAAUUGAAGAGUUGAUUGAAAUACUCACAGUCAUCAUUACAGAGGUCUCCUCCAAAGAAAGAAAGUUCAAAGGACUGAGGAAGCAGGUCUCAGCAAGUCAGCUCUUCGAGUCAAAGAUCAUAUCGAAGGAGCUUUUCAAGCAAAUUAUACAAGGGGAAGUGACUGUAGACAAUGUUAACAAAAUGGAAUCCGUCCAAAAGUACCUUGGGGCGACAAACUGCAUAGCCGGUGUCAGAGAUGAAUCUACAAAGAAGAUUAUGAGCAUCUAUGAAGCAAAGUCCAGAGGCCUGCUGACUCCUGGGACGUCUCUUAUUCUCCUAGAGGCUCAAGCUGCUACUGGCUUUGUUAUUGACCCUGUCAACAACAAGAGGCUUUCAGUGGCUGAAGCUGUGGCUCAGAAAGUAGUCGACGGUGAGUGGAAAAAGAAGCUGCUCUCAGCAGAACGAGCUGUCACAGGAUACAUUGACCCCUACACUGGUGAUACAAUUUCCCUAUUCCAGGCUCUGACAAAAGAUCUCAUAGUUAGAGAGCACGGAAUCCGUCUCCUGGAAGCUCAAAUUGCCACAGGAGGCAUCAUUGACCCAGUAUACAGUCACAGAGUGCCUGUGGAGGUGGCUUACCAAAGAGGCUACUUUGACGAGGAAAUGAACCAGAUUCUCUCUGACCCAGAUGAUGACACCAAGGGGUUUUUUGAUCCCAACACGCAAGAGAACCUUACUUAUCUCCAACUUAUAGAAAGAUGUGUCACGGACCCAAACACCGGCCUUAACCUACUAUCCAUUGUGAAGAAAGGGGAGUUUUACUUCUUUGUUGACGAGGCCACAAAACUGAUACUGAAAUCAACAACGACCACCAGAGCAGGUGGAAGGUAUCAGGGAAGCACUGUGUCGCUGUGGGAUCUGCUCUACUCCAGAUACAUCACUGAGGAGAAGAGGCGAGAGCUUGUGCAACAGUACAAGUCCGGAGCUAUCACGAUUGAACGCUUUUUGGAAAUCAUCUUGACGAUCAUUCAGCAGCAGACCACGACCACAACCUCCUCAUCAACCAUCAUGCGUCAAAUACCGGAAACAAACAUUGACAAGAGCACCACAAAGACCACCAUCACCACCACAGUCACAGAAACCGACAGCUUCCAUGGUAUUCGAAAGGACGUCAGUGCUGCAGAGUUGCUUGAAUCCAAAAUUAUCAAUGAAGACCUCUACAAAGACCUCAACACAGGAACAAUCACAGUCAAGGAUAUAAGUGAAAUGGACUCUGUCCGUCGGUAUCUAGAAGGGACCAACUGCAUUGCAGGAGUGUACUUGCAGUCCACCAAAGAGACCCUGAGCAUCUAUGAAGCCAAGUCCAGAGGCCUGCUGACUCCCGGAACGUCUCUUGUGCUGCUAGAGGCCCAAGCUGCCACUGGUUUUGUCAUCGACCCAGUCAAGAACAAGAAGCUCUCUGUGGAAGAGGCUGUGGCCCUGAGAGUGGUUGGCAGCGAAUGGCAAAAGAAGCUGCUCUCAGCAGAACGAGCUGUCACAGGAUACAAAGACCCUUACACGGAAAAAACAAUAUCUCUUUUCCAGGCCCUGAAGAAAGACCUGAUUGUCAAAGAUCAUGGAAUCCGUCUCCUGGAAGCACAAAUUGCCACAGGAGGCAUCAUUGACCCGGUACACAGCCACAGAGUCCCUGUGCAGGUGGCUUAUCAAAGAGGCUACUUUGACGAGGAAAUGAACCAGAUUCUCUCUGACCCAGAUGAUGACACCAAGGGUUUUUUUGAUCCCAAUACACAAGAGAACCUCACCUAUCUCCAGCUGAUCGAGAGGUGUAUCACUGAUCCCAUCACUGGGCUCAGCCUGUUGGUUAUUGUGAAGAAAGGGGAGUUCUACUUCUUUGUUGACGAGGCCACAAAAUUUAUACUGAAAUCAACAGUGACCACCAGAGCAGGUGGAAGGUAUCAGGGAAGCACUGUGUCGCUGUGGGAUCUGCUCUACUCCAGAUACAUCACUGAGGAGAAGAGGCGAGAGCUUGUGCAACAGUACAAGUCCGGAGCUAUCACGAUUGAACGCUUUUUGGAAAUCAUCUUGACGAUCAUUCAGCAGCAGACCACGACCACAACCUCCUCAUCAACUAGCUUCCAUGGUAUUCGAAAGGACGUCAGUGCUGCAGAGUUGCUUGAAUCCAAAAUUAUCAAUGAAGACCUCUACAAAGACCUCAACACAGGAACAAUCACAGUCAAGGAAAUAAGUGAAAUGGACUCUGUCCGUCGGUAUCUAGAAGGGACCAACUGCAUUGCAGGAGUGUACUUGCAGUCCACCAUGGAGACCCUGAGCAUCUAUGAAGCCAAGUCCAGGGGCCUGCUGACCCCCGGAACGUCUCUUGUGCUGCUAGAGGCCCAAGCUGCCACUGGUUUUGUAAUCGACCCAGUCAAGAACAAGAAGCUCUCUGUGGAAGAGGCUGUGGCCCUGAGAGUGGUUGGCAGUGAAUGGCAAAAGAAGCUGCUCUCAGCAGAACGAGCUGUCACAGGAUACAAAGACCCUUACACGGAAAAAACAAUAUCUCUCUUCCAGGCCCUGAAGAAAGACCUGAUCGUCAAAGAUCAUGGAAUCCGUCUCCUGGAAGCUCAAAUUGCAACAGGGGGCAUCAUUGACCCGGUAUACAGCCACAGAGUCCCUGUGCAGGUGGCUUAUCAAAGAGGCUACUUUGACGAGGAAAUGAACCAGAUUCUCUCUGACCCAGAUGAUGACACCAAGGGUUUUUUUGAUCCCAAUACACAAGAGAACCUCACCUAUCUCCAGCUGAUCGAGAGGUGUAUCACCGAUCCCAUCACUGGGCUCAGCCUGUUGGUUAUUGUGAAGAAAGGGGACUUCCAUGGUAUUCGAAAGGACGUCAGUGCUGCAGAGUUGCUUGAAUCCAAAAUUAUCAAUGAAGACCUCUACAAAGACCUCAACACAGGAACAAUCACAGUCAAGGAAAUAAGUGAAAUGGACUCUGUCCGUCGGUAUCUAGAAGGGACCAACUGCAUUGCAGGAGUGUACUUGCAGUCCACCAUGGAGACCCUGAGCAUCUAUGAAGCCAAGUCCAGGGGCCUGCUGACCCCCGGAACGUCUCUUGUGCUGCUAGAGGCCCAAGCUGCCACUGGUUUUGUCAUCGACCCAGUCAAGAACAAGAAGCUCUCUGUGGAAGAGGCUGUGGCCCUGAGAGUGGUUGGCAGCGAAUGGCAAAAGAAGCUGCUCUCAGCAGAACGAGCUGUCACAGGAUACAAAGACCCUUACACGGAAAAAACAAUAUCUCUCUUCCAGGCCCUGAAGAAAGACCUGAUCGUCAAAGAUCAUGGAAUCCGUCUCCUGGAAGCUCAAAUUGCAACAGGGGGCAUCAUUGACCCGGUAUACAGCCACAGAGUCCCUGUGCAGGUGGCUUAUCAAAGAGGCUACUUUGACGAGGAAAUGAACCAGAUUCUCUCUGACCCAGAUGAUGACACCAAGGGUUUUUUUGAUCCCAAUACACAAGAGAACCUCACCUAUCUCCAGCUGAUCGAGAGGUGUAUCACCGAUCCCAUCACUGGGCUCAGCCUGUUGGUUAUUGUGAAGAAAGGGGAGUUCUACUUCUUUGUUGACGAGGCCACAAAAUGUAUACUGAAAUCAACAAUGACCACCAGAGCAGGUGGAAGGUAUCAGGGAAGCACUGUGUCGCUGUGGGAUCUGCUCUACUCCAGAUACAUCACUGAGGAGAAGAGGCGAGAGCUUGUGCAACAGUACAAGUCCAGAACUAUCACGAUUGAACGCUUUUUGGAAAUCAUCUUGACGAUCAUUCAGCAGCAGACCACGACCACAACCUCCUCAUCAACCAUCAUACGUCAAAUCCCAGAAACAAACAUUGACAAGAGCACCACAAAGACCACCAUCACCACCACAGUCACAGAAACCGACAGCUUCCAUGGUAUUCGAAAGGACGUCAGUGCUGCAGAGUUGCUUGAAUCCAAAAUUAUCAAUGAAGACCUCUACAAAGACCUCAACACAGGAACAAUCACAGUCAAGGAAAUAAGUGAAAUGGACUCUGUCCGUCGGUAUCUAGAAGGGACCAACUGCAUUGCAGGAGUGUACUUGCAGUCCACCAAGGAGACCCUGAGCAUCUAUGAAGCCAAGUCCAGAGGCCUGCUGACUCCCGGAACGUCUCUUGUGCUGCUAGAGGCCCAAGCUGCCACUGGUUUUGUCAUCGACCCAGUCAAGAACAAGAAGCUCUCUGUGGAAGAGGCUGUGGCCCUGAGAGUGGUUGGCAGCGAAUGGCAAAAGAAGCUGCUCUCAGCAGAACGAGCUGUCACAGGAUACAAAGACCCUUACACGGAAAAAACAAUAUCUCUAUUCCAGGCCCUGAAGAAAGACCUGAUCGUCAAAGAUCACGGAAUCCGUCUCCUGGAAGCUCAAAUUGCAACAGGAGGCAUCAUUGACCCGGUAUACAGCCACAGAGUCCAUGUGCAGGUGGCUUAUCAAAGAGGCUACUUUGACGAGGAAAUGAACCAGAUUCUCUCUGACUCGGGUGACGACACUAAGGGCUUUUUUGAUCCCAACACACAGGAAAACCUCACCUAUCUCCAACUGCUUGGAAGGUGCAUCACAGACCCCAUCACUGGAUUGAGUUUACUCCCCUUGAUUAAAAAAUGA